AUGGAUUUAAGUAACACUCUUGCACUUGUCUCACUAAUUCUCACUGCAAUAAGCACAAUUUCUAUUUUAGCAAUCAUUACAGAGUUAUGUCGAACUUUUAAGAGGAUUUUGUUUGAUCAGGAGAGUGCAAUCAACAAUCAAUGCGGUUCAUGGCAGAGUUGCGUCACAAACCGCCACCUACCAGAGCAUGGUUUGAUGGAAAAGGCAGCCAAGCCUUUAAAGGGUUGGAUUCAGAGUGCAUAUAAGGAAAACAUUACUCACAAGAUAACCAACUAUUACCAAAUGACACAGAAGCCAAGCUGGCGAAGAUUCACCGAGAUCACCCAUAACCAGCCAACACAGGGAACAAGUAGUUGGAGCAAAUUGCUCGCAAGAUGUGGAAUAGAACCAUCCAUGAUUUUGGAGCCCGAGCAAAAUGACGAUUUGACUGAUAUUCUCAUGGAAAACGAACGAAUUCUCUAUGGAGUUUCAGCAGAAGAAUUUGUUGUGUUAUUGAUACUCGGAUCAUGGGAUACCACUUUUGCACAAAAGCCAGCUGGCCUGUCUAUCAGUCAUCUGGGCUACAUGAGAAUAUGCGAUGGCGGCCCUUUUCGUCAAAUUGCGCGCUAUGACGACCAUGGAUACGCCCCUAUCACACAAUUGACAGCAACCUAUCAAGAAUUUUUUAUACCAAUCAAAGCAGCUAUUGACUUGGCAAUUGGCAUUUUCCGCGUCCCUUCUCACAUCCCUGAUGUGAAUGAUAUGAUAAUCCUCUCGAACAGGGAUUUUUCUGAGGCCAAUACACCAAAUUCUCUGGGUUCAGUAGCCUACUGGGAAUCCAAUCCAGAUGAUAAACAGUUGGAGGAAAUUCGCUAUUCCAUGGAGAAGCUUGUCCAAGAGCCAAGUGCAAAAGUCAAUAACUACGCAUCCGACGAAGAGAGCACGCACAAAAUGGAGAUGUUUCAGUCCAUCGCACAGCUUCCUCGGACACAACAUCAGAACAGGACUGUUUACAAAGCAGCUGCAAGAGUGGCACUACUAAUUAGCAGCCUUGAACCGUGGGCAGUUUUGCCAGCCACACCAAAACAUAUUACUGAGGCUCUUUGUCAAGUACUCAGGACGCAAGUUGAAGGUGGAAACGGGCAGGAACACCUUAAAGCAUUUUUGCAGAAAGGGGAUUAUUCUCCUCCGCCUCACUGGACGAAAGAUACAGAAGAGGGCUUAAAAAAUUCACUACAGGAUAUACCACCGAUUAAGGACCAUUUUUUCUCCGAUUCAAGUCACAAAUGCAGUACUUACUACACUGCAAUGAAAGCAGUCUUCCGAAAGGUGGACUUAUCUCAGAGCCGAAACACCAAACAUCAUCGAGGAGUCCCAUUCGAUACAGAAAAGUUGAUCCGUAUCAAACUUGCAACAACACUAGCAUCCAAGGUCUUAUCAGAAAAUACAGAAAAUACAGAAGACUGCUUUCCUCGAAUUUUCGAUUUGCUAUGUCAAAUUCAUAGGUUUCAAGGAGUACAUGUUCUAUCUCCAACUCUAACUCAAGAGUUAGUUGACAUUUAUAGCACUUACUUGUAUGGAUGGUUCGGUGACGCAACAAAAGCUGAUAGUGGAUGGCGAGAAGCAUAUCAAAGAAGAAUCUUUAUUGAAUAA